AUAAACUCAGCUACCAGAGUGGGUGUCGCAUUUAAUGUACCACUACCACCUCUACCUCACCUUCUUUCUAUGCAUACAUAUAUACGAAAUUAUUAAAUUAAGAUUAGGAGCGUACCCAGAGGGUGCUUUCCCAUGCCCAUGCCAUGUGUUAUUUCGUCUGCAUGCGCCUAACUUCACUCUUCUUUCUCACCCACCCCCAUUUCAUUUCUUCGUAAGAGAAAAAAAAAAAAAGAAAGGAGAUGGAAGGCAUCACCGCCAGCGUGUGCAGGGGCGUGAAGGAGUAUUGGAGGAGGAAGGGGUACAAGAGGCUAAACGGGUCGGGCCGGAGGAGAAGGAACCGGGUGGAGCUUGGGAGCACCCGAACCGGGAAGGGUCGGUUCUGGAGGUGGAGGAUCAGACUCGCACCCAAGAUCCGAAUCAGGAAAAUCCCAUCGCCGAAGAAGAUGGUGCUGUGGGUUCGGGACGCGUACGUGAGGAUGAUGCUGGGCCUGGCCAACUCGCGGAUCAUGACUGUGAGCGCCUCAGCUUCGGGCUUCGGUGGGACCCUCGCAGGUGCGGACACGUCCUUCGCUGGGUUCGGGCGGGCCCCUCCCAAGGAGUACGACGAGAAGACCAUCAUCCAGAUCUACAAGUCCCUCCUCAUGGCGCAUGGUGGUCCAUUAGUUCCUCGUGACGCCGCCGCAACACAAAUCCGGUGACCCUAACGGUAACGGUAAUGCGCCAACCCGUCAAAGCACCCUUUUUUCUUAUCAAUUGUUCAAUACCUUCUUACAGUUACUUCCCUCGAUCGACCAUGUUAAUUUCUUUCUGUCAUUCUAUAUUUUGUGAUGAGGGUUUAAUUACUUUUUAACGUGAUUCUAUCAACUCGAUAGAUUCGUCUUUUCUCACCGCCCCUAUUCCUAAACUACAUGUCAACGUCACCGGAUUAUACACAGACGCGAAAUUGUAUUAUUAUCUAUGAAGUAAGGACACUCCAAUUUCUUAUCGUGUCCGGUUAUUACGUUCUAUAUUUUAAAUAUUAUAGAUGUUCACGUGUUUA